UAAGUAGUGAGAAGGUGGAGCAUCGUCUUCAAGCUUCAAGAGCAGUGGAACGCAAGAAGAAAACUGAAAAUGUUGGGUUCUGGUGCUAAUAAUGCCGUCGACAACAACGGGGGUGAGAAUUGCAGCAACGGUAACGAGUAUUCGCAGGGGAGGUGGCCGAGGCAGGAGACGCUGACGCUGCUGGAGAUCAGGACUCGCCUGCAUCACAAGUUCCAGCACCCUGCAGCUCAGAAGGCUCCCCUCUGGGAUGAAGUCUCCAGGAUAAUGGCAGAAGAACAUGGGUACCAAAGAAGCGGAAAGAAAUGCAAAGAAAAACUCGACAACCUAUACAAAUACUACAAGAAAACCAAAGCAAGCAACCAAAGCAACAACCAUGGAAAGCACUAUAGAUUCUUCAAGCAAUUAGAAGCACUCUGUGGUGAAAACAACACCGCCAAUUCUCUGCACAUCACCAACAAAAUUCCUCCCUCUCAACCCAUUCAAUCUCUCGACAGCUCAACAUCAAGCGAAGAAGAAGAAGACGAACAGAUCAAAAGAGAUGAAAUUAAUGCAUGGAGUUUAAAGAUAAAAGAGUUAGUCGAGAAACAAAUGAGGAGGUUGAUGGAGGCACAGGAAUCUUGGAUGGACAAAAUGGUAAAUUCAAUAGAGAGGAUGGAGGAAGAGAGAGCUUCAAGGGACGAACAAUGGCAGAAGCAAAAGCUAGAGCGUUACGAGCAAGAAGAAAGAUCGUGGGCAUUUGAGAGAGCUUGGAUCGAAGCGAGGGAUGCAGCGUUGAUAUCUGCAUUGGAAAGGUUUGGUUGCAAGUGCUGUGAUUUGAAACGGGAAGAAUCAAAGAAGACUCGUGAUGAUAAUGAAGAUGAUGUAGUUAGUAGUAGGAUUGCUGGGGUUUGGGCAGAUAAUGAUGAGAUUAGGGAUCUGAUUAGGGAGUUGAAGGAUAUCAGUGACUGAUAAAGGAGAACUUCGUUGGUAUAGACUACAAAUAAGGGAUUGAAACUAUAAUUUGAUACCUAUAGAAGUCUAUAUUAUAGACUACAAAUAAGGGAUUGAAACUAUAAUUUGAUACCUAUAGAAGUCUAUAUUUAAGGAGGUCUUUUUUACGAGAGUAGACUACAAAUAUUCUCUUCACUAUCAAAAAAAUAAUGGAGAGACCACUACUUAAUCACAAUUAUUGAUUAUUUAAUGGGUGGUUAUAAUUC